AGCACAAUGAACCCGGGCAUGGGGGUCGACCAUCAAGAGGUCCAGCCUAUCGUCCCGGUGAGCGCCAUGCUCUCCGAUCAGACAGACAUGACCCCAAAUCACAGUCAUCCAAGAGUACCCGAUGGUGCGACUGAUAACGACGACUUCCAAGAGCUGAAGCCCACGCUUGAUCCCUGGGUGGUCAGCGAAGCUCAACGAGCUGCGAUCACCCAAUCACUGGCUCCGUUUCAGACCUCACUUGGCGACUUCAAGCUCCCAUCCAGAUCCGCUCUCGGGCGGUAUGUUAAGGGCUACGUGGACGGUUAUAGCAAUCAUCAUCCCCUCGUUCACAUACCCACGCUCAGCAUCGCCUCCCCGGAAAGAAGCCCAGAGUUUGUCCUAGCGCUUCUGGCAAUGGGCGCGCAUUAUCGAUACGAAGCAAAAAUCGCUCGCCAUUUGUACCACGCAGCUAGGUCAGUUAUUGUCGACCGUCAAACCCGCGGCGGGCCGCUCUCGAGCCCGGCAAAGGCCGGUGUACCCGGGCGUGGUACAAUGGACCGACUGCGCGCACUCGUCCUGGUGGCGACGUUCGCAUUGUCCCAAAAGGACGGUGAUUUCAUCCGUGAGUCUCUGGGGUGUCAAGGAUGGAUUGCCUCGCUUCUUCGUAGCGUUCCUAUGCCACAACACAAGCACGCCAAGGCCGGGGACAACUGGCGGCAGUGGGCCUCGAUCGAGGAAGACAUACGCACCAUUUUCAGCGCAUACUGUCUGUUGAUGAAACAAACAAUACUAUACGACACGCCUCCAAUGGUGUUGAGCCACGAGCUCGAUCUCCCUCUGCCAUCCUCGUGCCGUGAAUGGAUAGCCGCGACGCCAUCGGCAUGGCUCGCUGCUCGGACCACAGUGCCACCCGCGAUCUCUUUCAGGGAAUGCCUCCGCUCACAGCUGGCCACCACCCAGCCCCAAGUUCCAGCCCCAUCACUUUCUCCGAUGGGAAACUAUGUUCUCAUUCAUGCGCUCCUCCAAAGAAUCUAUCUGGCAAACUCCCUCUCCCAGGACGUAGACCGCCCCUCCCUCUGCGCCGCGGAAACCGACAGCCUCGAGCGGGCCCUCAACAACUGGCGGAUCACCUGGAAGGCGUCCCCCGACACCGUCCACGAUCUGCAUGACACCUACGGUUCCAUGGCCUUCGCCUCCACCGCGUUGCUGGGCAUGGCUCACGUCCGGCUGCAGUGCAACCUGGGUCCCUGGCGCCAGCUGCAGAGUUGCGACCCGCAGACGGUCGCAGCCAAGCUCCACGAAUGUCCGCUGCCAGAGCGAAGCCCACAUCUGCCUCACGCCUUGCUCCACUCCAUCCACGCGCUCCGCAUCUCUGUCCACAUGGGCGUCGCGUACUUUUCAACGCGCCAGUCCUUCUCGUGGAGCUUGUAUCAUGUCUUCUGUGGACUGGAAUUUGCGGUUUUCACCAGUAAAUGGCUGCAGGUGGUGGCGCAGAACUGCGCCAGCGUGCCUCUCACCGACUAUGAACGACAGAUCAUCCAAUGGAUCAUCCGCGUGGUGCGGGACGGUCUCGAGUCCCACGAUGAGACAGCCGGCGACGAAUACGAGAUCGCAGACGACGAGCUCCGCCGCCCACAGGAAACAAUCCGCUUUCUGAAAUUCGCGGUGCCGAAGUUGUGGGCGCAGAUGUUCAUCGCCUGUAAUAGCCCCUGGCCCAUUGCUCGGAUGAUUGGGGAGAGCUUGGAGCAUUACGCCCACCUCGUGAGAGAUGAGGUCUGAUUGAAACGGGCACUUUAUUUGUGGACGCCGGUAAAGAUAUUUGGGUGCUCAUCGAUAUUGGAUAGGUCUUGCUUGAUAAGGCUCCUAACUCGGCUUCGCAUGAGCAUUACCUGGCCCGUUGGUUCAAGCAGGCUAGAGCGAUCACUUUGGGGUCAAAUGAUUGAUUCCCUUGCACGUC